UGCAGCUUUCUGGGCUGUCUCAAUUAUAAAGGGUGAGUCAAUGAGGGUCCAAUAUGAAAUGGUUUCUACUAAAGCUGCAAAUGUCCAGGAAGAAAUUGUUGACAAACAUAAUGCCCUCAGGAGGGGAGUAAUUCCCAAAGCCAGAAAUAUGCUGAAAAUGGAAUGGAAUGAAAAGGCUGCACAAAAUGCCAGAAAUUGGUCUAAGGAAUGUACAAAGGACCAUAGUCCCCCAUUCAAGAGGAUGAUUACAAACAGUUUAUGUGGAGAAAAUUUGUUGUUUUCUUCUUCUCCCUUGUCAUGGUCAAAUGUAAUCCAGAUGUGGUAUGAUGAGUCAAAAAAUUUCAAGUAUGGAUCUGGACCAACAAAACCAAAAUCAGUGAUUGGCCACUAUACUCAGACUGUAUGGUCUACUUCUUAUAUGAUUGGCUGUGGCGUCGCUCAUUGCCCCAGUCAGGAGACAUUUAAAUACUUCUAUACAUGUCACUAUUGUCAUGGGGGAAAUAAUCUUGCAACUCUUACUACUCCUUAUAAGAAGGGGAUCCCAUGUGGAGACUGCCCAGACAAAUGUGAAGAUGGACUUUGCACCAAUCCAUGUCCCUACAUUGAUGAUAUUGCUAACUGUCUAGAUGCUAUACGUGUUCUUGGAUGCAAUCAUGAGGUAGUUGCUCUAAAAUGUAGAGCUAGUUGCAAUUGUACAACUGAAAUAAAAUAA